GCAUUAGCAUUCCAUAUUGUUGCGAGUAGAGACUCAAUUAAGGAUACAGUGGUUGCUACGGAUAUAUGUGCAACACAUAACAUUAACGUCCGCUUUUGGGGAAGAACCACUCGAAUGUUUCUAGAAUUAGUACGUGUUAAGUGUACACACACGAUAUAACCCGUGUGUACACACACGAUAUAACCCGUGUUUUUUCAUGAAUAUUUUAUCUUUGCACCAAUGCAACACACUCGUGCGAUUUUUCAUCUAUACAUUUUACGAAGUUGCUGAAGAGGGCAGUUUCCAUUUAAGAAUAGAAACACCUUCAUGAACUACAAUGAAAACUUUUAGAAAGUACCACACUUCGUAGAGAUGAAGAUUUUAAGACUAUUUCUGUCUAUAGUCGUAUUUUCAGGCAUAGCUAGUUCAUUGGAAACUACGCCUACUGAUGACCCUGGGGGAGCCUCUACUAGCUUAGGCUGCAGCACUCCUUAUGAGACUGGCAUUGCAUGUCUGGUCCCGGGAACCGGUAAGGCUGGACUUCAUGCGCAGUUUUACCAGUACGACUGGUAUGAUUUUGAUACCUUGGACAAUAUUGAGUUUUUGACGACUGGAUAUCGGGAAAGAAAGAAACUUGCUAGCACUGACGGUGUUGUAGACAUCGAACUAUGGGUGAACAAUAGGGAAUCCAAAACCGCAACGGAAAUAAUCUAUGGUCAAACUAUGAAUCAAAAUUUCGUAGUUGAACUCACAGGUUAUUUCUUAGCACUGGAAACCAAUGAUUUUUAUUUCACACUUCAAGGUGAACUGGGUGGGGUUAUUCUUCAAUUGGGAGACGGAAAUGCCUUUCCAUGUUGCAAAACGACUCACACGGGAAGUGAGGAUGAUGCAAUGUAUGGUGGAGUCGAUCGACGAAUCUAUGCUCUUCAAGAAGGACUAUACUAUCCGAUUAAGAUUGUUUAUGGGAAUCCGGCGGGCCCCAUAGAGUUAGACGUCUAUGUCAGUACUCCUGAUACACGGGAUUACCCAAUUAAAGAUAGACUAUUUAGCUUUCCAGACAGAGAAGAUGGGUGCCCUAAUCAAUUCCAAAUUACUACCAUAACGAUGCCAUGGACCGGUACUGUAACAUCAACAAGUACUGUUACUCCUCAUAGUACUGAUGGUACUACCACUAUUGAAAUUUUGACUCCAAGUUCAUUUCCAAGUCCAACUGGUUGUGAGCCACCAGCUGAUAGUGUGACUCCAGGUCUCUUUGCUAUAUUUCACACGUAUGGUUAUGAUGAUAAUGAUCACAUACUUGAUAUAGAUUUCAUGACUUCGGGAUACAGAAAUACUAAAACAGUCGGAACUGUAUCGAAAGUAAUAGACUUUGAAAUUGACAUUGACCCUCGAGGAAGUUGGACCCGUGUAUAUGGAUUGAGGGUCAGCGAAAACUUUUUGGUUGAACUUACUGGUUAUAUCUUGCUUCCCGAAUCUACAGAUUACAUAUUUACACUCACUGCGGAUGAUUCUGCCACACUUCAAAUAGGGGCUGGAAUUGCUUUCCCAUGUUGUAAUACUAACGGAGCGUACACCGACAAAGAUGCAAUGUUUGCUCCAAUCGAUGUGAUUUCGAGUGACACAGGGCAUGCAACUAAGCUGUACUUUCUUACAAAAGGAAUAUACUAUCCAAUCAAGAUGGUUUAUGUGAAUGUGGGAGGAUUGGGUAUAUUUAAGGUAUCUGUGAGAACACCAUACAACAACGAUUUUCCACUAACAAAGUAUUUGUACUCUGUGAAUACGAAGGUUACAACAUGCCCAUUACCAAGUUCAACAACGAUCAGCACAACGUCGACUGGUGACUUCACUUCAGCAAGUACUACUGCCUCCAGUAGUUCUCAUGGUUCUAUCACAAGCUCUAGUUUUGGCUCUACCAAUGCCUCUAGUUCUGAUUAUUCUACUACAUCUGGAUCCGAUUCUGCAACUCCUUCUGAUGCAUCUACCGCAUCUGAUUCUACCUCUCCAACAGCAUCCAAUUCAGAUUCGUCUACUGCCUCUGGCUCUGGUUCCAUGAACCCAUCUGGCUCUGGUUCUACCUCUGCCUCUGAUUCUGGUUCUGCUACUGCCUCUGGCUCUGGAUCAAUGAACCCAACUGGUUCCGGUUCUGCCACUGCCUCUGGUUCUGGUUCUGCUACUGCCUCUGGUUCUGGUUCUGCUACUGCCUCUGGCUCUGGCUCCAUGAACCCAACUGAUUCUGGUUCUGCCACUGCCUCAGGCUCUGGUUCUGCUACUGCCUCUGAUUCUGGUUCUGCCACUGCCUCUGGCUCUGGAUCAAUGAACCCAACUGAUUCGGGUUCUGCCACUGCCUCUGGCUCUGGCUCCAUGAACCCAUCUGAUUCUGGUUCUGCCACUGCCUCUGGCUCUGGAUCAAUGAACCCAACUGAUUCGGGUUCUGCCACUGCCUCUGGCUCUGGCUCCAUGAACCCAACUGAUUCUGGUUCUGCUACUGCCUCGGACUCUGGUUCAAUGAACCCAACUGGUUCCGGUUCUACCACUGCCUCUAGCUCUGGUUCCAUGAGCCCAACUGGUUCUGGUUCUGCUACUGCCUCUGGCUCUGGUUCUGCUACUGCCUCUGAUUGUGGUUCAAUGAACCCAUCUGAUUCUGGUACUGCCACUGCCUCUGGCUCUGGCUCAAUAAACCCGUCUGGUUCUGGUUCUUUUUCAUCAACGGACAGUGGUGUCGUUACCCGUUCUACGUCCCCUUCUUCUUCUGAGUCUGGUUCCAAUUCUGGUUCAAUAUCUGAAUCAUCCUAUAGUUCAGGUGCUCCUGCGACCUAUUCACCCACGUAUAGCUCUUCUGGCACCGGAACAUCAUCCGGUUCUGUAACUCGUUCUGAUCCCGGAUUGCCUUCGGCUAAUACCAGUAAGUCCGAGUUUUCGAGCGCUUCGGAACUUUCUGUAUCAUCAUCACCUUCUGAAACUUCCAGUUUCAGUAGCUGCAAUGGAAGCAAAAUUUUAACCAAUUCAGAUGAAUCAUCGAUAGCCUCCUCAAUUCUAUCUUCCUCGUCCAGUCAAUUUUCGAGGUCAUUAUCUUCCCAAGAUGAUAGCUCGUCGGAGCCACCAUCCAGGUCUUUUACUUUGUCGUAUUCUUCCAAGUACGAGACAACGACUACAGUACAUACGAUAACGACCAGUUACACUACACACUGUCCUUCUGACCAGUCUGCGUCAAACAAAAGCGAGUCUUAUCAUACAACUACAACAAAAAUUGUCACUUUCUGCGAUGACCACACCUGUACUGAAGUAACUCAAACUAUUGGAGCAAAUAUGAUUUCUACAACGAAAAAACACGCUUCUUCUGAUACUUCCGAAGCAACCAGUACUCCACUUGAUGCCACAUAUUCUUUGAGCACGGCUCCAAGUACCCACCCCACCGUCUCUAGAAUCGAUAACAGUGCAAUAUCUGUAUAUUCCAUUUCUAUGGUGACAUUUUUAUUGCCAUUUAUUGCAAUUAUUUUCUAGUUUAUGGCACAACUCUAUACCACUCAUUCUCUUUCUGGUUUUGGCCUAGCCUCUUUUUUG